GAUUAUUUAAAUUUGUGUAUAAUAAUUUGAAUAUAUUACCGUAACAUAUAACAUAUUAUAUUUAUAACACAUACUUCAUACAUCAUAAAAUGUGAAAUAGUUGCAAAAUUUAUUUUAAAAAGAAAAAUACAAUAAUUAAUUAGCUACAGUCUUCCUAAAGAAAUGAAAUCAUGAUUAUAAAAAUUAAUGCUGCUACAUUCAAAAAUAUAUCUUUUGUUAUUUUGUAAGGUGAGUGUUUUAAAUAAUGCUAAAUUGGUAUUAGUUAUGGGUUAUGGAUGUAAACAAAAUUUUAGCUGUAAAGGUAUUCUACAGUGCAACUAAUCACCUUUUUAUAUAAAUAUUAUGAUGUUUGGAUUUAAUUGAAACCAGUGUUUUGAAAUCCGACCUAGACCCGCGGUUGAACCGGUAAAUUUGGUGACCCAGAAAAAAUUCCGGUUUGGGUUUUGUAAAAAAUCCAAUAUUUAGAAACCCGCAAAACCCCGCAAAAACCCAUUAAAAUCCGGAACUUGAUAUCGAUUGAACUAUUGAUUGAACCAAUAAAUAACUUAAAAAAAAAGUCUUUAGAUGAUUAUGUUGUAUAUUCUAAGUUUCCAAUUAAGAAGUUCGGUGCUGAUAAAAAAAAAGAGUUAGGUUUUCCCUUUUCAAUUUUAUAUUUGUAAUUUUUAGAUUUUGAUGAAGAUUUCAUUAUGUCACCUAAAAAAAAUGAAGUGAAAGAUGGUAUAAAAAACAAAAUUAGGUGACGUGAUUUGGUGUUAGUUUACUUCCGUUAUUGACUAUUUAUUACAAUGAUCUUUUACUUUUGGUUUAUUUUAAAUUUAAAGUUUAAUUUAUUAUUCACAGUAGACAUUUAAAUAUUUAUAAAUUUUAUAUCUUGAUUUUUUUAGAUUCAUAACUCUUACUUUGUUACACAAAACUUUAAAUAGUCUAAAUUAUUUUUUGAUAUUUUGUAUGUCAAAUGAAAAUAAAAAUAUAAAAACUAAAGUGAAGUAUUUUCUAAAUACUUUUUAAACAUAAAAUAUUCACAUAUCCAAACUAUUAUUUUAUGUUUUAAAAAACAUAUAGAAAAUAUUAAACUUUAGUUUUAUAUAUUUAUUUUCAUAGCUAAUAUAUUAUUAUAUAAUAAAUUAAUUUAUUUAUUAAUCCGCGGUCGAUCCAGUGACCCGGUAAGUCGUCUGAGUCAUGUUUAAAAACAUUGAUUGAAACCAAUGUUGGAGGUUUGUUUAGACACUUAGGGCACCGUUAGUGAAGGUAUCUCACUAAGUGUCUAUCAAUUAAAAUAACAAAAAGAAUUGAAAUGGUAGAAAAGAGAACGAUAAUUUGUUAGGAUCAAUUGUUUAUAAAGGUACUGCAAACAAAAUAGUGAGAGAUGAUUCUACACAUGUCAACCCCACAACAGCUUAAUUAAACUAAAACAAAUAAAACAUAAAUAGAGAAUUUAAUAUGAGAAACCAAUGAAAGCUCUCACAGUUGCCCAUUCUCUUAUAUCUCGUCUUUGUAGAUCCGUCUUUGUAUAUUCAUGGAUAUUAUAUGCUGUUUAUAAAUAAAUAAAUUUAAAAUAUAAAAUUAAUUUAGUAUUUGUAAAAAAAAAUAAUUAUAUUUUUUUCAAAUAAAUGCUAAAACAAUAUUAAAAAGACUAAUUCUAAUUUCAUGAAAGAAAAUAAUUUUGUACUCCAAGUUAUAAAACUCUCAAAAUUCAUUACAAAUAAAUGUAAUUUUUAAUUUUUUUUUCUGAGUUACAAACCCAAAUUUGUUUACCCCAUAGUCAAAAAUAACUAAUUGGUAUUCAUUUUAGUCAUCACAACAACCUGACCUAGUCGGUCCAUCCUCCAAGGUUUUUGUUCUGCUGCGUAAACUUUUGUUUACAUGUGUUAUAAUGUCAUGUAUGUCUAUUUAGGGGUGCAAUAGAUGUAGUAGAGAACUUUCUAAAUUCUUUUAGACUUGUUCAGGAUCAAGAAUAAGCUAUUCCACCAUGUUUUCUGUUGUAUUCUGUCUUUCCUUCUUUUCUCUUAUUUUCGGGUUCUUCACCAGUGACUUAGGUGACCCGCUCUGAUACCAAUUAUUGAUGUAAAGGAGACACCACAAUAGUACUGCAGAAAGUAAUCCGAGAGACAAAACACUACAAGCAAACACUUAUGCUUUAUUAGAAUCUCUUUUAAACAAUUUAUUACAAGAUCUGCUUAAUUCAGCUUUUACACGUCUAGUGUUAACACCCUAACACACGUAACUGAAAGAUUCCUAAGCUACAAUGCUUCUUUUGUCUUCCAUCAGUACUUCAACAACUACUUCAGUACGACUAAGACCACGCUCAAGAGUUUUUCUCUCUCUAUAAAAUCAGUCUCUAUGUCGCUGUCUUUUUCGACAACCCUCAGAGCUAUUUUAUCAUUAACUCCACGUUCUACAAUGUAUUUUCUCCAAAGCAUCAAGAAUAUCGAUAUCUUCCAAAACAAUAAGUGCAACUUUUCUUUUCUUGGCAUUGUACUUAUUGCACUUUCUUUAAGUCAUAAAUUUGAUACCUAAGUUUAUUCUUCUUGUCUUUUCUUCAAGAUACUCUCUUACUCUCCAAGUCUACACGACUCCAGCUUAGCACCUUAACUCCGUAUAAUUUUUAUCACUCAACAUAACAUCUGUUUCAGCAACUAUGUCAGCGACUAAUUCAGGACACACAUCUUAUAUCUUCAUGCUUCUCAUCCAAACCCUCCGAUUUUGUCUUGGCCUCGAUAGAACUUAAAAACAAAAAACAAUGAAUCGUAUGUCCAAAACAUAUGUAUAUAUAUAUAGAAAGUCACAACUUCACGUUUUGGGCUUACCUAAAAGAGAGCCUCAAGGCCCUCAACUAUAUUCUUUUCUAAGAAAUAUAUAUAUCGGAUCGAUUUUCUUUUUUCAAUAAUAACUUGAAUGUAACAAAAGCAGCUCCAAGUCCAACCAUACAUUACGUCGUAAAAGCCAUAUAAUCAGUUUAUGUAAAGAUACUACCAUAUUCGAAUCACCCCGCCCGUUUGAUACAAAAUAAUGAGAAAUAAUUAGCCUUGUGAAAUUUAGUUAAAUUACUAGACAUAAAUACUUUUAAAAUAAUAAUAUAAAUGGUAUGCUUUUUUUGAACUUAAUAUAAAUGGUAUGUUCUAAACACAAAAUGGAUGAGUUCGAUUAUUCGUCAUAUUUUUAAACCAGCGGAUGCUAUUUUGAUUGAGUUGACUCUGGCAAAAUAGCAGCCAAGCUCACAUUUCUUAUUUAUUUGGAUGUUUGACUCUUACUCAUAAAGCUUUUAACUCAAAGAGUAAAUGAUAUACAGAUCUUCCCCAGAAAUACAUUAUGGUAAAAGAUUCUAAAGAGACAAAACUUAUAAGUGACAGGAAUUUUUGAAUUAUUUACAAAAUGGCAGAGGGAUUACCCAUUACUUGAUUAUAAAUGGGCUAACAGAAGGAUCAUCAAUAUAUGCAUGUGUCCCUACGAGGACUGCACCCACUUACUUCCCCAACUUAUAAUUAUUAUCUUAAGAUUAGUAUAUUAAAUUCGUAUAAAGUUGCAAUAUAAUGUCGCUGGAAUCUUAUAAUAUUGGUCAACAUACGUACGAUUCAAUUUAGCAUGUUUCUUUCAAAAGGAAAAAAAAGACGAACUAAGCAUGCUUUGGUUAAAGCAAUCCCUCAAUUUUGAGAGACAAUAUGAUUGUGUUUUAAAGAAUAGACACUCUCGAGGCUCGACAAUUUAAUUUCACAACUUGUACUAUGCUAUAAUAAUGUUUUGUAUCAAUAAACUCGUUUUGUUUUCCGCAAAUUGAUAGUUUUUUGUUGUUGUAUAUUCUUCUUCUUCCAGCUUGAAGAGAAGAUUAAAUUAUAAGCAUAGACUGCAUAGUUUUAAUCUCUGAUUAAAGAGACUACGUACCGUAAACUCCACAGCUUCUUAAAUACAAAAGAUAAGUGAUCAUAUAAUAAUAGGGACCUAUCUAUAAUAAUAUAUUUGCUUUGAGAAUUAAUAAGAUAACAGUUCACUAUUCCACAAGUAACACUGUGGAAUAAAAGAUGUUAUCCCCUACAUAUUUUCUUAACUGCAACAUGCAUGGAAUAUAAAUAUUAAUAUAGUAUUCUACAUAAACUGUGAAAAAACGAAAAAAAAAAACUAAAAGGAAGUGGAAAGAGAGGGUAAUAAAGUUUGAACUCUGGUCCCUUUCUUCAAACCAAAGAAUGAUCACCACAAAACCAAGUUUCCCUAUACAUUAUUACUCUUCUCACAUAUAUAUGAAGUUUACUUCUCCUUUUCUCUCUUCUUUUAUCCAUUUACUUCUUACAAAUCUGCAAAACUUUGAUACAUGAAUCUUCUGAUUUCAUCAUAAACCAUGUAUUUAUAUUACCUUAUGUACCCACAUGCCCAAAAAUUUGGCAACACUCAACCCUAAUAAAUUUUCUUGAUCCAUUCUUUAUUGCUUCUGAUCACAUCUGGGUUUCCUUAGAGAGAGUGAUUAUGUGUUUGUUGGGAGAUGUGUCAGAAACAUCAAGAAGACGAACAACAAUAAGAAAGCGUAUUAAAUGUUAAGUCUUUUGAAUCACUCAAGAAGAAGAAAACAACACCACAUCAGAUGCUUUCAUCAUCAUCAUAACCGAGUCCACACCAGGUUUCAUUCAAGUCCGUUAAGAUGGUCUUUUCUAGAUUUCUCAGACUGAUUCUGUUACUCUCCCUCGUCUCUUCUUCCUUCUCCUACACCACUUCUCCCUCCAAUUCUACUGCCUCAGAUCAAACUCUCCGGCCUCAAGAAGAGAUACAGAAGCUGAAACUGAUUAGAAAUGAGCUUCUCAAGAUCAACAAGCCCGCCGUUAAAACCAUUCAAAGCUCAGACGGAGAUACAAUAGAUUGUGUUCCGACUCAUCAGCAACCAGCUUUCGAUCAUCCUCUCUUACAUGGACAGAGACCAAUGGAUCCGCCUGAGAUGCCCAAAGGAUAUAGCAAAGAUGAUGAAUCGUAUGAAGAUUCUCAGCUGUGGAGUUUAACCGGAGAGUCAUGUCCAGAAGGUACGGUUCCUAUAAGAAGAACAACGGAACAAGACAUGUUACGAGCAAGUUCUGUUCGGAGAUUUGGUCGGAAAAUCAGGCGUGUGAGGAGAGAUUCCACAAGUAACGGACACGAACAUGCGGUAGGAUACGUAUCCGGAAGACAAUAUUACGGAGCAAAAGCGAGUAUAAACGUGUGGUCGCCAAUAGUCACUAGCCAAUACGAGUUCAGUCUCUCUCAGAUUUGGGUUAUUGCCGGUUCGUUCACUCACGAUCUUAAUACUAUCGAAGCCGGUUGGCAAAUUAGCCCGGAGCUAUACGGAGAUACUUACCCAAGAUUCUUCACCUAUUGGACGUCUGAUGCAUACCGAACAACGGGUUGCUACAAUUUGUUGUGUUCCGGUUUUGUCCAAACCAACCGUCGAAUCGCGAUCGGAGCAGCCAUUUCUCCUAGAUCUUCUUAUAAAGGUGGACAAUUCGAUAUAAGAUUAUUGAUCUGGAAGGAUCCGAAGCACGGUCACUGGUGGCUACAAUUCGGGUCGGGUGUAUUAGUCGGGUACUGGCCGGCAUUUCUAUUCACCCAUCUAAGGCAACAUGGGAGCAUGGUCCAGUUCGGAGGCGAGAUUGUGAACACCCGACCUGGUGGUUCACACACUUCGACACAAAUGGGCAGUGGCCAUUUCGCAGGUGAAGGUUUUGGUAAAGCAUCUUAUUUCCGGAAUCUCCAAAUGGUUGAUUGGGACAAUACUCUUAUUCCCGUUUCGAAUCUAAAGAUUCUUGCUGAUCAUCCCAAUUGUUAUGAUAUAAGAGGCGGGACGAGUCGUGUGUGGGGUAACUAUUUUUAUUAUGGAGGUCCAGGAAAAAACCCUAGAUGUCCAUGAAGGAUCAAGAAACGUUCUAUUAUUGUUGUUAUUCUAGCAUGCUGUGCUUUAAUGGAUUUUGGGAGUAGAAGAUUAGGAACUUAAAAGUAUCUCUGCGGCUAGGUGAUUUUGCAAAUAUAAUGUGGAUGAGUUGUUUCUUUGGCAACAAAAAGUUUGGUAGUUUUUACCAAAAAAAAGUUUGGUAGGUUUAUACAUUUUUCCCUUGGAUUUUCUUUUGUUUAUUAUUAAUGAGGAAUGUGGUAUCGCAUAAUGAAUUUUGCAAUGUUUAUGUUUA